CGGACAGCACUCGUGCAUCGAUUUCAAAGAACCGCCAAGGACCCAGAGUUUUUCUGUCGCUGUCUUCACUUCCACCUGAAAUAUAUGGAGCUAGCACGAAAGAGAAACACAGAGGUUCCAUGGAAAACGAAUCCUCUAGUGUUAUUUAUUUCUCCUUGUACAGAACAUAGGCUACUCAAUUGAGGAUCCAAUAUCACUCACUAGAAAGAAAGAAAGAGAGGGAAAUAGUCGUGUACGAGGUCAUGGCUGUAGAAGCAAAAACGCUUGAAGAAACACCAACAUGGGCUGUGGCUACUGUUUGCUUCUUUUUGAUAUUAAUAUCCAUCUUUAUUGAGUAUUUGCUCCAUCUUUUAGCUAAGUAUUUCAACAAGAAAAGGAGGAAGUACCUCAUUCAGGCUCUGUACAAGAUCAAAACAGAGUUGAUGCUACUGGGUUUCAUCUCAUUGUUGAUGACUGUGUUGGAAAAGCCAGUUGCAAAAAUAUGUAUCCCAAAGAGUGUUGGCGAAACCUUUCUUCCCUGUGGUAGCGUGGAUUCAAGUGAUUGGAGUGAACAAGAAACCAAAUGUUCAGAGCAGGGAAAGGCUUCUUUGAUGUCCACGGAAGGUAUGACGCAACUCCGGUACUUGAUUUUUGUGCUGGCUUCCUUCCAUUCUGUGUCAAGCAUUCUCACAUUCGGCUUAGGGAUGGCCAAGAUGAGAAGAUGGGAAUCAUGGGAGGCAGAGACAAGGACACUGGACUAUCAAUUUUCGACAGAUCCCAGGAGAUUCCAGCUCACUCAUCAAACAUCAUUUGGGAAGCGGCAUUUGAGAUAUUGGAAUGAAAACUCAGUUCUUCGCUGGCCGGCAUGUUUCCUCAGACAGUUCUAUGGUUCUGUCUCCAAAGUGGAUUAUUUCACACUUAGACAUGGAUUUAUCAUGGCCCAUUUUGAUCAAGACAACAACUUCGAUUUUCACAGAUACAUUAGAAGAGCUUUGGAUAAAGACUUUGGAGUGGUGGUGGGGAUAAGUUUCUGGAUUUGGAUGUUUGCUAUUUCUUUCAUAUUCUUCAAUGCACACAAAUUUUACAGUUAUUACUGGCUUCCAUUUAUUCCAUUAGUGAUGUUGUUGCUGGUUGGGACAAAACUACAAGCCAUCAUAACUUUAAUGUGCUUAGAUAGCCAUGAUAAAUCCCAUGUUGUUAAAGGAACUUUACUUGUUAGGCCUAGCGACCAUCUCUUCUGGUUUGGCAGGCCUAAAUUGCUUCUCCAACUCCUACAUUUCAUAUCGUUUCAGAACUCCUUUCAAUUGGCAUUCUUCACAUGGACUUGGUACAAGUUUGGGUUUAGAUCAUGCUUCCACCGACGAACUGAAGACAUUGUCAUAAGGGUUGUCAUGGGAGUGCUGGUACACUUUCUCUGUGGCUAUGUGACAUUACCUCUAUAUGCUUUGGUCACACAGAUGGGUACAUCAAUGAGGCCAGCUGUGUUCACAGAAGAUGUGAUCGAAGGGCUGAAAAGAUGGCGAGCGAAAGCUAGGAAAAACCUGAAAAAUUCCUACUCAGCCCGCCCCUCCCUUGACACUUCACUUUCCCUUGACUCUUCACCUUCUUUCAGCCUGCAUUCUAGACCCGAAUAAUCCAUUGGAAAGUGAUCACGCUGCUAUUGAAGUAUCGGAGGAAGCAGAAGACAAUGCUGAGCAAGCCUCAGGAGCUUAA